GUUGUGGUGUGUGAGGAGAACAUUUGAGGCUCUGCAGUAAAAACGUCUUCACUUCAGUCUCUGGGAGAGUUGAUCAGCUAAAGCGACUAACUGCUGCUGCUGCAGAAAUCUUCUCACCAGGCUGUGGAAACUUUCUUCUCCUCCUCAACAACUUGGUGGAGUUCUUUCCAGAAGCAGAGAAGAUAUUCUGCGGUCUUCGUGACAAUCGGAGCUCCAGAAUCAGGUUGUGGCUGUUAGCUAAACACGGCUAAAGAAAACCUGCUACCACUUCAGGAUCAUCCAUCAGCUGGGACUGAUUCAUCGUGUGUUCUUCACCACCUGGACCUGGACAGCAUGGAUACAGUUUCUAUAAAGAGUGAGGAUGAAGAGAAACCUCUGAUGUCACACCUUCAUGAGUUGCAACUAGACAACAGAGGUGUUCCAACCAGCAGCUCAGCUGACCAGAUGACAGCAGGAAGUAGCAGGAACCCAGAUCUGAACCAUCAUGAACAGCCAUCUGGUUCAUCUGAGACUGCAGUUUCUAUAAAGAGUGAGGAAGAUGAAGAGAAACCACUGUUCUCACAACUUCAUCAGCAGCAAUUAGAAGACAGAGAUGUUCCAACUAGCAGCUCAACUGAGCAGAUGGCGGCAAAAACCGAUGGAGGAGCAGAAACUGGCAUGAACCCAGAUCUGAACCUUCAUGAACAGAUAUCCGAUUCAUCAGAGACUGAAGUCAGUGGAAAUGAUGAAGAGGAUGAUGGUGUGAACCUAGACUCUUUCCUGUUAGACACUGGGCCUGAAACUGGAGACGAAGAUAUUGGCUGGAAUAAGAGCAGGUCUUCUGAGUCAGAUGUUAAGGAUGUCAACAGACCCUUUAGCUGCCAUGAAUGUGGUAAACUAUUUCUCCACAAGUGGUCUCUCCAGAAACACGUGAGACUGACAAGUCAUUCAGCAAGAAGGUCUUUAGGAUGUUUGGUUAAGAAAAAGUGUGUUACAAUGAAGCAACAUGUAGACUCAUGCAGAAAAGUCCACACAGGACAGAAGCCUUUUACCUGUACGCUCUGUGGUUCAAGAUUUACCCGUAAGGCAACUUUAAGUAGUCACAUGAAAGUCCACACAGGACUAAAGCCUUUUGCCUUUGAGGUCUGUGGUAAAAAAUUUGCCCACAAGCCAAAUUUAAACAUUCACAUGAGAGUCCACACAGGACAAAAGCCUUUUACCUGUGAGCUCUGUGGUAAAAAAUGUACCCAUAAGGGAAAUUCAAACAGUCACAAAGCAGUCCAUGCAGGACUAAAGCCUUUUACCUGUGAGCUCUGUGAUUUAAGAUUUACCCGGAAGGCAACUUUAAACAAUCACAUGAAAAUUCACACAGGACUAAAGCCUUUUACUUGUGAGCUCUGUGAUUUAAGAUUUACCCGGAAGACAACUUUAAACAAUCACAUGAAAGUUCACACAGGACUAAAGCCUUUUACUUGUGAGCUCUGUGGUUUAAGAUUGACCCGGAAGACAACUUUAAACAAUCACAUGAAAGUCCACACAGGACUAAGGCCUUUUGCCUGUGAGCUCUGUGGAAAAAAAUUUGCCAAAAAGGUCAAUUUAAACAGUCACAUGAGAGUCCACACAGGACAGAAGCCUUUUGCCUGUGAGCUUUGUGAAAAAAGAUUUAGCAGUAAGACACAUUUAAACAUUCACAUGAGAGUCCAUACAGGACAAAAGCCUUUUGCCUGUGAAAUCUGUGGUCAAAAUUAUCGACAUAUGGAAACUUUAAAAAGUCACUUGAGAGUCCACACAGGACAGAAGCCUUUUGCCUGUGAAAUCUGUGGUCGAAAUUUUCGACAUAAGGGAGCUUUAAACAGUCACAUGACUGUCCACACAGGAGAAAAGCCUUUUGCCUGUGUGCCCUGUGGAAAAAGAUUUACCCGUAAGACAACUUUAAACAAUCACAUGAGAGUCCACACAGGACAGAAGCCUUUUGCCUGUGAACUCUGUGGUGAAAGAUUUCACCAAAAGGUAACUUUAAACCGUCACAUGAGAGUCCACACAGGACAGAAGCCUUUUGCCUGUGAAAUCUGUGGUCGAAAUUUUCGACAUAAGGGAGCUUUAAACAGUCACAUGACUGUCCACACAGGAGAAAAGCCUUUUGCCUGUGUGCCCUGUGGAAAAGAUUUACCCGUAAGACAACUUUAAACAAUCACAUGAGAGUCCACACAGGACAGAAGCCUUUUGCCUGUGAACUCUGUGGUGAAAGAUUUCACCAAAAGGUAACUUUAAACCGUCACAUGAGAGUCCACACAGGACGGAAACCUUUUUUCCUGUAAGAUUUGUGGCCAGGGAUUUAGCCGUAAAGCAAUUUUUGCCGAUCACAUGAGUGCCCACAUGAGACCGAAGGAACUCACUAUACAAGUUCCAGAAAUGAUCAAUGUAGUUUGUGCAUUGUAGCUCUUUUGAGUGGAGAGGAUGCAGAGUGCUGAUCAUUGAUGCACUCCACAGGCAGCUGUGUCCUUCGCACAGCCACAGUAACAUUCUCAAAGUGGCGCCAUCACAGGAUACAACUGUUCAUGUCCGCUCUGUUCUGGUCCUGCUGGACCUGACUGCAGCCUUUGACACUAGCUGCGUUUUCAUGUGGCAAAUUUCCUCAAUCCGAUUGAAAUCUUGGUUGAUCGGAAUUUCCGAAUCUCUGUUCACAUGGACACGAACUGAAAUGAUCCGAUCAUGCCGUGCGUACAUACGCAUCAAGCAUUUAAUCCGAUUAAAUAGGUUGAGCAUGCGCAGAGUUGCCUUUCACGAAAGAAAAAUUGUAAACAAACGCCAUGAAACGAAAAGAAAAAUAUAAAAACAGAAAUAACUAUUCUUCCUGCUUUCCUGAUCUAUUUAU